AUGGAGAAGCCAGCAUCCAUUACUCAACGCCAGCAUGAGGAUGCCAAUAAUCCACAGCCCGAAACCCGGAGACAAGUCCAAACCAUCAUCAUCGGCCUCUCCGGCCCAUCAUCCAGCGGCAAGACCACCCUCGCCCGGCUGUUGCGCGAGAUUACCAACCUGGAAUCCCCAGGGCUAAGCAUCAGCCUGGCGAUCCUGCACCAAGACGACUCGUACAAGACAGACAAGGACAUUCCCACCGUGACUGUUUCUUCCGCCGAGUUCGGCACCCGCGACCUCCAGGACUGGGAUUGCAUCGGCUCGCUUGAUCUCCCUCUGUUCGAAUACACGCUGAAACACCUUCUAGCAUAUGGAUCCUUGCCCGAGGACAGUGUCUCGAAGGAGGACCAGAAUAGCGUGCCGGAGACCCACGUGUCGGCUGCGGAUGUGGAGGAGUGGAAAGGGAAGAUGAGGGCGUGGUUGGAUGAUCUUGCGAGAAGGCGUCCUCCUGGUGCAGAGCACGAGCGUGAGACCGGAAGCCUAAACAUCGACACGAGAGAAAUCAGGAUCUACAUCGUCGAUGGCUUCCUGCUUUACCCUCCUCCCCCUCCGCCGCCGCCUGCAUCAGAGUCAGGAACCGCGUCGGGUCCUCCAUCCACAGCCACAGCCGGCGCGGCCCCCACGUCAUCAGAUCCACAUUCUCAAGACCAGCUAAACCAUCUAUACACCUUGACUCACACCAUCAUGCACCCCAAACUGUUCAUCCCCUCGACGCGUGCUCAGACGUUGACCCGCCGUGCCGCCCGCACGGGCUACGUCACGCUCGAAGGCUUCUGGACAGAUCCGCCCGGGUACGUCGAGGACGUGGUCUGGCCUAACUACCGGAGAUAUCACGCGUGGAUGUACGAGGCGGGCAAUGUCGAUGGGGAGAUCCUUGACGAGGAGGUGUGUGCUAGGGAGGGCAUCGAUGUGUGUCCGGGCGGUGGGCACUGGGGGAUGCAUCAGGUGUUGGAGUGGGCUGUCGGGAGGGUGAAGGAGGCGGUGGAGGAGAAGGUUGGGGUAUAG